AUGGGUGGUCGUCAAUCCGUUCCGCGCGGCCCCGACGGCCUGAAUGAGACGUCGCGCCCAACGCGCCCGCCCGGCUCCUUCAAGUUCAACGGCAGGACCAUGAUGGCCCCCCUUGCUGCCGUAACCAUGGCUAGCCUCCUCUUCGUCUACACUCGCACCUCAAUUCGCGCCGCAAAGCUCAACGCUCAGAAACAUCGAGAAGCAGACGGUGGUCAGAUAAGCUGGAAGAACGAGGCGCGUCGCCGCCACGGCCAGGCCGAUCAAGUCUCCGAAUCAUCACUGCUAAAGGAAGCCCUGUUCAGCAAGGAGCAGAUCAAGUCUAGUAGGGAUGCCCACGCCUUGUCUGCAGAGAAGCCGGCCGAUGCAGAGGCUUUGGAGAAGGCCAAGCUUGAGAGGCGAGGAUAA